AUGGAUGUCGAAGAGAAACUACUAAAAUCGUUUAAGGAGAUAAAGAAAACAAGUGUAAAGCGUCAAAGGAGGCAGAAACAAAACGUCAUUUCCGACUUUCCAACGUGGGUAGACAAUUUUUCAUGCGAUGAGUAUUCAAUCAAAGAUGUGCUACGUCGUGCCAGACAGGGGGGAGGAGAAGAACACAAGACAAGUAAGUAUAAAGAUGUCUUUAACACCUUUGAAAAUGACAUAAACUACUACUUAGGUGAAUAUGUCGAAGAAAUUAUAUGCUCUUCCGUCACGGGUAGGAAGGAUAAUGGCUUCCCUCGAUGGGAGGAAGAAACCAUGAGGAAACCGUCGGACGUAAUUUUUCCGCACUUGAUCUAUGGCAGUUUGUUGGGCGAAAAUUUGAGACGUUAUGAAUGCAGCUCAAGGUACUUCACACCCAGUCUGGUGGAGGAUGCGUCCGAGUAA